ACAAAUUGUUCGAUACUGUUGUAGAAGAAUCACUUUCUCUAAUUUAUAAGAGGAUACCCUCAAUUACUCGAAAGAUGACACUCGUAUUCGCGCUUCUUUGAGAGCCACAGCCAGCCGACUCCACUCGCUGCCUCUCUCUCCUAAUAUCCGCGUCUCGUUGAUUUAAGCGAUUUUCUGUUGUUAUUUUCUUUGUUAACCUGUUUGGUUCCCGGGAAUCCGUAGAAAACGAAAAGAAAGUGGAAUCGUGGGUCCUACCUACAAGUUUAUUUUUCUUUGUUUUUGAAAAGAAAAGCUCUCAGUUAGGCGGAGUAGCGGUCUGAGUUUCAGUCUGUAAUGCUUUUUCUGUCGCUAGUGAUGCUCUUUUAGUUUUGGCUGUGUAUUUGAUGCGUUUGAUGAUAAAAAACUGCUUCAGAGCCGAAGCUUGGCGUUCAAAUUUGAUGGAAUGCGACCUUAUUGCUCUGAUGAUGCGUAGCCCACCGCCUGGUUUUCGAUUUCAGUUCACCACUAAGCUUCGUACCAGUUCGAAGUCACCGUUGGUUUCUGUUAGAUUGAACUGUUCGUCUUCUGCUGCUUUAGAUGUUGUAGAAUUGAACCCCACCAGUGAUUCGGAUUCCUCCGAUACCCGAAACUCGCCGAGUCAUUUUCAUGAAGGGUUUCAGAGAAAACCCAGAAAGGAAACGGUUCGUGAUUGGGAUAAUUCAGUCUCGUCGAGGGAGAAGAUUGAAAAGAAUGUAAGAAGUAGACCUCUGAGUUUGGAUGGUAAGGAGAGGUUAAGACGUUAUUCUGGGAUGCUGCGUACUUGUGCUUCGAAAGGGUCUUUGAAUGAGGGAAGAGCCAUUCAUGGGCAGGUGAUCAAGAAUGGGAUAGACCCGGACUCUCAUUUGUGGGUUUCGCUGGUCAAUGCUUAUGCAAAAUGUGGGAGUCCCGUGUAUGCGCGCAGAGUGCUUGAUGAGAUGCCUGAGCGGGAUGUUGUGUCUUGGACUGCACUAAUACAAGGGGUUGUGGCCGAAGGAUUUGGUAGUGAUGGUGUUAAUUUGUUUUGUGAGAUGAAAAGGGAAGGUGUAAGGCCUAAUGAGUUCACGUUGGCUACUGGGUUAAAAGCUUGUGCUAUGUCAAUGGAUUUAAAGUUUGCGACACAGGUGCAUGCAGAAGCAAUCAAAGUCGGGUGCUUCUGGGAUUUGUUUGUCGGGUCUACUCUUGUUGACCUUUAUGCCAAAUGCGGUGAGAUGGAACUUGCGGAAAGAGUGUUCUUUUGCAUGCCUGAGCAGAAUGCUGUCUCAUGGAAUGCCUUGCUUAAUGGUUAUGCCCAGGUGGGUUGUGGGAAAGAAGUAUUGAAUCUGUUUAGUAGAAUGAGAGAAUCAGAAAUGAAGUUCAGCAAGUUCACCUUGUCUACUGUCCUUAAGGGUUGUGCGACCUCAGGGAGUUUGAGAGAGGGCCAGGCUGUGCAUUCUGUGGCAAUUAAAGUGGGGUUUGAACUAGAUGAGUUUUUGGGUUGUAGUCUUGUGGAUAUGUACUCUAAGUGUGGGCUGGCAUAUGAUGCACUAAAAGUAUUUAAGAUGAUCAAAGAUCCUGAUGUAGUAGCUUGGAGUGCAAUGAUCACUUGCCUUGAUCAGCAAGGUCAUAGCCAAGAAGCCGCUCAGCUAUUUUUGUUAAUGCGAUAUGCAGGUGUCCCACCAAACCAAUUUAGCUUUGCAAGUGUUGUUAGCGCUGCCACUGAUUUGGGAUACCUUCAGUAUGGUGAAAGCAUCCAUGCUUGUAUAUGCAAGUAUGGGUUUGAAAACAAUACUUCAGUCAGCAAUGCCUUAAUUACUAUGUACAUGAAAAAUGGAUGUCCACAAGGUGGUGCCCGGGUGUUUGAGGCAAUGACAGAUCAUGUAUUGGUUUCGUGGAAUGCCCUUUUAUCCGGUUGCCAUGGCUACAAAAUCUGCAAUCUAGGACCAAGAAUCUUCUAUCAAAUGCUUGUGGAAGGUUUCAUGCCAAACAUGUACACGUAUGUCAGUGUUUUAAGGUCUUGUUCUAGCCUGUGUGAUCUAGGCUUUGGAAAGCAAGUACAUGCCCAUACAAUAAAAAACAGCCUUGAUGGUAAUGAUUUUGUUGGGACAGCUCUUGUCGACAUGUAUGCCAAAACCAAGUGCUUGGAAGAUGCAGAUGCUGUUUUCAAUAAGUUGAUUAAUCGAGACCUCUUCACUUGGACUGUCAUCAUCACUGGUUAUGCACAAACUGAUCAAGCAGAGAAGGCUGUUAAGUACUUCAGUUUGAUGCAACAGGAAGGUGUAAAGCCCAAUGAGUUUACUAUUGCCAGCUGUUUAGGUGGUUGCUCCCAUAUAGCUGCCAUGGAAACUGGGCAGCAGCUCCAUUCUAUGGCAAUUAAGGGUGGGCAGUUUGGUGACAUUUUUGUUUCUAGUGCACUUGUUGAUAUGUAUGCAAAAUGUGGGUGCUUAGAAGAUGCUGAGGCUAUUUUUCAGGGCUUGGUUUUUCGGGAUGCUGUUGCGUGGAACACAAUGAUAUGUGGAUAUACGCAACAUGGACAAGGACAGAAAGCUCUUGAAACCUUUUGGACAAUGUUAGAUGAAGGCACCAUCCCAGAUGAGGUUACCUUCUUAGGUGUUCUUUCUGCAUGUAGCCACAUGGGUCUAGUUGAAGAAGGGAAAAAACAGUUCAACUCACUGAGUGAAGAAUUUGGGAUUACUCCUACAGUUGAGCAUUAUGCUUGUAUGGUUGAUAUUCUUGGUCGGGCUGGAAAAUUUGAUGAAAUGGAACACUUCAUCAAGAAGAUGGAGCUAACACCACAUGCAUUGAUUUGGGAGACUGUUCUCGGGGCUUGCAAAAUGCAUGGAAAUGUGGAGUUUGGUGAAAAAGCUGCAGAGAAACUUUUUGAGCUUAAACCUGAGAUUGACUCGACUUAUAUACUGCUGUCCAAUAUUUUGGCAGCCAAAGGUAGGUGGGAUGAUGUCAAAAAGGUCCGGUCAUUGAUGUCUAUUCGGGGUGUUAAGAAGGAGCCUGGAUGUAGCUGGGUAGAGAUCAAUGGUCAAGUCCACAUCUUUGUGUCUCAAGAUGGUUCACAUCCAAAAAUCAGGGAUAUUUAUAUAAAAUUAGAGGAGCUUGGCCAAAAACUAAUAUCAGUAGGUUAUGUCCCAAAAACAGAACAUGUGCUUCAUAAUGUCUCUGACAGAGAGAAAAAGGAACAUCUUAAUCAUCAUAGUGAAAGGUUGGCUCUUGCUUUUGCCCUUAUAAGUCCCAACCCUGUAAAAACGAUUAGAAUUUUCAAGAACCUACGCAUCUGUGAAGACUGCCAUGAUGUUAUGAAGUUCAUCUCAGACAUCACCAAUCGGGAAAUAGUUGUUCGUGACAUUAAUCGGUUCCACCACUUUAAGGGUGGCACCUGCUCCUGUCAGGAUUAUUGGUGAUUUGGCCCCAGAGGUGUUUAGCAAGUUGACCCGUGCUGAAAUUAAACUCUAAUCCUUGGUAUUGGAGUAACCAUGCCCAAGUGCUAGUAUCCAGGGCAAAAAAGACUUAAAAACUGAGAAUCCAGGUUUUUGGAGCUCUCCUAGGUUAAUUGAAGUUGAAUAUUGCAAUGGCACUAUAGUUGCCCCCUCAGUGCAAGUUCCCUAUGACAAUGGCCUGUCCUUGUAGGGACAGCCUUUUCAUUGGAUUGAUGGGAGCAAAUUGAAAGUUAUUCUACAUGAUAUCGUGCAGGCUGAUGCUGCUGUUUUGGAUUCUUUUGAUGCAAAUUUUGUUCAGAAGUCAGAACCAAGGGGCACAGGUCCAAUAUAUUUGCAUUUUCUUAGAAGUGAAGAUAUGUAUUAGCAAAUCUUUGUCUACUUGAAGUUCUAUGAAACAUGUGCAUUGAAGAUUGAGUUGUAUUAUUUGCUGGACUAAACAGAAGUUCACUCUUAUUAAGUAACCUCUCUAACAGUUGACAUGUAAUAGAUGGGUAAGAUGAACGGAGAGAGAAGACAGCACACUCUAACAUCACUCUGACAACCUAUUACAAACUGUUGUUUAUUUCAAGAAGAAACCAUUGUUUUGCUGACUGAACUGAAAACUGCCUGGCUUCUUUGUCAUUUGAAGCUUGACAGCUGCAUGUGGAUCUUGCAAAUGAUGUGGUAGACCAUAUGUGCAGGUAUGUCCUGUCCAGAAUUUGAUUGAUAUAAUUUUUCACAGGUGAUAUGAUAUUGCCCCCCUUGGUGCAAGUUGCCUAUGAGAUGACCUGUCUUUGUAGAGUCUUUCCAUUGGAUUGAUGGGAGCAAAUUGAAAGGUACCAAUGCCUCCAGUCUUUCUAUUAGAUACUGGCAUGACAAGUAGUUUAGGAUAAGAACUUCAAGGAAGUUUUCUCAGAUUUGUAUAGUAUAACUCGCGUUAAGAAUCCUUCUAUGGCGAAUUAUUUCAAGUUAUGUAGUGGCUGGCAUCCGUGGAACAUAAGCUUUUAUCAGAGCGGCUCAAGAUUGGAGGGUGAAUGUCUUUGCUUCGUUCUUCAAUUUGUUGUACUCAUUUAGAGGGAGACGGGGUGGUGAAGACAAGCUUUGUUGGGUCUCUUCCGAAAUAGGGAUAUUUGACGUUAGAUCAUUCUAGAAUGUCUGUGUCCCACAUGAUGGUACUUCCUUCAUAUUUGGCAAAAUAAGGUCCCCAUGAGAGCUUCAUUCUUUGCUUGGUUGGACGCCUUAAGGAAGAUCCUUACCAUGGAUAACCUAAAGAAACGACAUGUCAUAGUGGUUGAUUGGUGUUAUAUGUGUAAGAGGUAUGAGGAGUCUAUAGAUCAUCUUUUUCUCUACUGAGAGAUUGUUAGUGCCUUAUGGAGUGCUAUUUUCAGUUGUGUAGGGCUAUCUUGGGUUAUGCCUAGUCGAGUGGUAGACUUUUUACCUUUUAGUAGUCCUCAUAGUGUAAUAUUGUGGAAAAUGGUAUUGUCCUGUCUUUUGUAGCGUCUUUGGGGGAAACGAAAUUAUAUGAGUUUCGAAGACUGCGAGAGGACAAUGGUGGAACUAAAGACUCUUUGCCUUUUUUUU